AUGGGCGAUGAAAUCACUGGAUUUGAACGAGAGAAGUAUAUAAGUGAGCCUUUCGAACCUUCGCUUUUCGGACGACAUUUCAUCUCAUGGAUUAUCAAUGAAGGGGAGUCGAUGUUUAAAGAACCGAACAAGGCAGGGAAGCGGAUGGGUGCGAAUCAACCAAAGGAAGACGUUGUUAAGCGAAGAUUUAGAAUGGGAAUAGAUGGGUAUCCAAUCGCGAAAACGUUCUGUUACGUAUAUCCCGAGCGCUCAAUGAAAAUGGAGAGCGAUCUGUAA